AUAAAAAUAAAACAAGUUUGAAACAAAAAUAAAAAUAAAUAAAUUACACAAAAAGUGAAAUUUAAAGAAUUUACGCAACACAAUUAGAGUGGAUUAUUAAGAAUGUGCGAUAUGAUAAUGGAGCGACUUACCAGUCAUGGCGGCAUUGGAUUGUCAGGCGGUAGUCCAGCUUACACACAAGGACAUCGUGGCACAGGCACAAAUGUGGGACACAAUGGAGGGCAUGGAGGUACGCCGCAAAUGCAUCAUCAAGCGUUGCAAUCAGAUUUUCAGCCGCCGUAUUUUCCGCCGCCCUUUCAUCAUACGACACAGAGUCCUCCGCAACAACAAAAUCACGGCUUAGAAUACUUGAGCACAGAUCCAUAUGGACAACCACUAUCAUCAUUGCAUCACGCCCCGCUUCACCAUUACAAUCAAUUAGCCGGUCUAAGACCGUCACAAGAUCAAUUAGGAUUACACAGAUCUCAUCGUGACUCCGACUUACAAGGGCAUGUGACACAAUUGUCACAUGGCUUCCCAUAUUCGGAUCGCCGGAGUGAUUAUGGCAGUACAAUUGGUGCCGGCAGCGGCGGUGGUCCCCGGAUACACGAGCACGAUCCACUCACGUUACAUCAGGCAUUACAAAGUGCCGUUGAUGAUGGACAGAAUCCAGUUAUUGAUGAAAAUGCGGGAUUUAUGUCGGAUUUACCAUUACUCAAAAAUAAAUAUAUUGGAGAUCAAUGGUCUCUUCUGUAUCCAAAAGCAGACAUCAAAGCGAAGGAUAACGGCAAUAUAAAUAUAGGAUCGCCAAGUGAUGUAUUUUGUUCGGUUCCUGGUCGUCUUAGUUUAUUAUCUAGUACAUCAAAGUAUAAAGUGACUGUAGCUGAAGUACAACGAAGAUUAUCGCCGCCAGAAUGCUUAAAUGCGUCACUUUUGGGAGGCGUUCUCAGAAGAGCUAAGAGUAAGAACGGCGGACGACUAUUACGUGAAAAACUCGAAAAAAUUGGCUUGAAUUUGCCAGCUGGGCGUCGUAAGGCAGCAAAUGUUACACUUUUAACCUCAUUAGUGGAAGGUGAAGCAAUUCACUUGGCACGCGACUUUGGUUACGUAUGUGAGACAGAAUUCCCCGCGAGACAAGUUGCCGAAUAUCUGUCGCGACAAUAUGCGGAACCGCAAGAUACCUAUAGACGGAAAGAGCUUCUAAUGAACACCAAACAAGUCACAAAAGAAUUAAUGGACUUGUUAAAUCAAGAUCGUUCCCCCUUGUGUAAUACUCGACCCCAAAUAAUACUCGAUCCACAAAUUCAGCGUCAUCUUACGCAUUUUUCACUCAUCUCGCAUGGCUUUGGAUCGCCAGCGAUUGUGGCUGCAUUGACAGCUAUUCAGAAUUACUUAAACGAAUCAAUCAAACAUUUAGAGAAAAUGUAUCCAAAUAACGGCAGCAUGGUGACAUCCUCGUUAGACAAAACAAAAAUGGAAAACGACAAAAAGUGAUAGAAAUUGUGGUACUAUGAUGAUGAAAAUGCUCAGUAAUGUUAUUUACAACUAGAUAGAAAUUUUCGUUUUUUUUAUUGCAACCAUCGAAGAAACACAGAAG